GUUCAACGCCUGCAUCAUCUUAAAUAAAAUGCAAAGAAGAUUCAUAAAAAGAUCACAUGAUUUAAAAACCUUAUACUGGUUGACAAGAAAUCUCCCUGACCCAAACCACAAAUUUAUCUCCUUUAGAGUUCACACACGACAAAAAAACCUUCAUAAAUACUCAAUUAUACCGUCUCCAAUUCAUAUCCAAAUUUAUCAAAAAAUGGACCUCACCUUCUCAACCACACUCAUCUUCUGCAUACUUGUCCCUUUAUCUCUCUUCUUCAUCUUCACCAGAUCCGAAACCACAUCCAAAACCUCAACAAAGCUACCAAAAUCAUAUCCCAUUUUGGGCUCGUUCUUAACAAUCGUGAAGAACAAAGACCGGUUCGUGCAGUGGUCGUCAGAGAUCGUGACAUCGACCCCCAACCUAACCUUCCCCCUCCACCGCAACCUCGGCCGUUGGAUCAUCUUCACGGCCAACCCCGCCAACGUGCAGCAUCUCCUAAAGGAAAACUUCCACAACUAUGAGAAGGGGGAGUUCUUCAAGACGACCUUGAGAGACUUUCUCGGCAACGGCAUAUUCAAUUCCGAUGGCCAAACAUGGAAGUUCCAGCGGCAGGUCGCCAGCCACGAGUUCAACACCAAAUCCCUCCGCAAGUUUGUCGAGACCGUGGUCGACUCCGAGCUAUCCCAGCGCCUCAUUCCCAUCUUGAGGAAAGCUGCAAAGGAAGAAACUGUCAUCGACUUUCAGGACAUCCUGCAGAGAUUCGCUUUCGACAACGUUUGCAAGAUUGCAUUCGGGUAUGAUCCCCGGUACCUGUCGCCAUCCCUGCCCAAGGAGAAGUUUGCGGUCGCCUUCGAAACGGCUGUGAAGCUCUCCAGCGAGAGGUUCAGCUCAUUCAUCCCUUUGAUCUGGAAAAUCAAGAAAACCAUCAACGUCGGCUCAGAGAAGCAGCUUAAGAUAGCUAUAAGCGAAGUACGCAACUUCGCUAAAGGACUCAUACAAGAGAAAAAGCAAGAACUCGAGCACAAAUCAUCGCUAGAAUCAGUGGAUCUCCUUUCAAGAUUCCUGAGCUCGGGCCAUAAAGAUGAAGACUUCAUCACUGAUAUAGUGAUAAGUUUCAUUCUAGCAGGGCGAGACACGACUUCAGCAGCACUGACAUGGUUUUUCUGGCUGCUUUCGGAUCACGCGGAAGUGGAGAGUGAGAUCCUGAGAGAAGUCAAUGGAACAUCAGAAACUGCAUCAGCUUAUGAUGAGGUGAAGGACAUGGUUUACACUCAUGCUUCGAUUUGCGAAAGCAUGAGGCUUUAUCCUCCAGUUCCUACAGAUAGCAAAGAAGCUCUGGGUGAUGAUGUGUUGCCCGACGGAACAGUUGUGAAGAAGGGCAUGAGAGUAGCCUAUCAUCCAUAUGCUAUGGGGAGAGUUGAGAAAGUGUGGGGUAGAGACUGGGCGGAGUUCCGCCCCACACGGUGGUUGGAGAGGGCGGAGGGUGGCGGUGAAAAGUGGAGUUUUGUAAACAGGGAUACCUUUACAUACCCGGUGUUUCAGGCUGGGCCGAGAAUUUGCCUUGGGAAAGAGAUGGCUUUCUUGCAGAUGAAGAGAGUGAUUACUGGUGUAGUGCGGCAGUUUAGGGUGGUGCCGGUGGCGGAAGCAGAGCCUACUUACGUAGCAGACCUGACAGCUAAAAUGAAGGGUGGUUUUCCAGUGAGGAUUGAAGAGAGGAAGUAAGAAGAUCAUCUUAGACACUUAAUAUUUAUUUUGUGUUAACUUUUGAUUUGGACCAUUGUAUUUUACUAGUUCCCAAAGUUCAUGUGUGACUUUGACACUUUGUAGAGAAGCUUUCUAUAAUAUUUCAAAUAAAUUUAUGACAA